UCCGCCCGCUGAGGGAACCAGCCAAUGUCAUCGUGGCGCUGAGUUUUUGGUGCGCGUGUGUGUGUGUGUGUGAGCGAGCUACUAGCGCUGCUAACUAGUAGCUACAUUGUGCGACCUUUCAGUCGGCUGACGUCUCCUGUCGUCUGCUACCGUCAGCUCUCACUCUGCUCCUCUCUUCAGAUCAUCCCCCUCCUCUGUGUAGCUCAGAAACAUGGCGGCCCUCAAAGCUUUGUGCAGAGCGGAUCAUUUGCUCUUCAGAAACAUCUCAGGUCCAUUCAGAACCAGAUCACAUUUGGCUCACCUCCAGCUGAUUAAGACCUGUGGCUGUUACUUUUCUACCUCCAGCCAGAGAAGUUCACAGUUCUACUCAGAUCCUGCAGACGCAGUCAAAGAUAUCCCAAGUGGCUCUACUCUUCUUGUGGGAGGUUUUGGAUUAUGUGGCAUCCCAGAGAAUCUCAUCAACAGUUUACUGAAGACCGGCGUUAGCGGUCUCACUGCAGUCAGCAACAAUGCAGGAGUGGAUAACUUUGGCCUGGGCCUGCUGCUAAAGACUAAGCAGAUCAAGAGGAUGAUCUCUUCAUACGUCGGGGAGAAUGCAGAGUUUGAGCGACAGUAUCUGACAGGAGAGUUGGAAGUGGAACUGACGCCACAGGGAACUCUUGCCGAGAGGAUCAGGGCUGGGGGUGCCGGGGUUCCAGCCUUCUUCACAGCCACCGGCUAUGGCACUCUGAUCCAAGAGGGAGGCUCUCCUAUUAAGUACAACAAAGAUGGCAGCAUUGCCAUCGCCAGUGAGAAGAGAGAGGUGCGGGAGUUCAACGGCAGGCACUACAUCAUGGAAAAGGCCAUCACUGGAGACUUUGCUCUGGUCAAGGCCUGGAAAGCUGACAAGGCUGGAAACAUUAUUUUCAGGAAAACAGCCAGGAACUUCAACCUACCUAUGUGCAAGGCAGCCAAAACCACCAUAGUUGAGGUGGAGGAGGUGGUGGAUGUUGGGACCUUCGCCGAAGAGGACAUCCACAUACCGAGCAUCUACGUCCACAGGAUUGUCCAGGGAGCAAGCUACGAGAAAAGGAUUGAGAAACGCACAGUACAGAAAAGCAAAGAAGAAAAGCCCAAACCAAAGAAGGACUCGGAUAUUGUUCGGGAAAGGAUCAUUCGCCGGGCUGCUCUGGAGUUUGAGGACGGGAUGUACGCCAACCUUGGUAUUGGUAUCCCCAUGCUGGCCAGCAACUUCAUAAAGCCAGACAUCACUGUACACCUCCAAAGUGAAAAUGGGAUUUUAGGACUGGGCCCGUACCCCACCGAGGAUGCAGUGGAUGCAGACCUGAUUAACGCUGGGAAGGAGACCGUCACUGUACUCCCAGGGGCUGCCUAUUUCUCCAGUGAUGAGUCAUUUGCCAUGAUCCGAGGGGGUCACAUCAACCUGACAAUGCUGGGAGCCAUGCAGGUGUCAAAACAUGGAGACCUAGCCAACUGGAUGAUCCCAGGUAAGAUGGUGAAGGGAAUGGGAGGAGCCAUGGACUUGGUGGCUAGUGCUGGAACCAAGGUGGUGGUCACUAUGGAGCACUCCGCUAAGGGAGGAAAACACAAGAUAUUGGACAAAUGCGUCCUGCCUUUAACAGGGAAGCAGUGUGUGGAUCGGAUCAUCACAGAAAAGGCCGUGUUUGAUGUGGAUAAGACAAAAGGCCUGACUCUGAUAGAAGUAUGGGGGGGGCUCACUCCGGAGGAUAUCAAAGCGUGCACUGGCACCGAUUUCGAGGUGUCUCCUAACCUGAGGCCCAUGCAGCAAAUCUAGAGGAGCUUGCGGUGGAUCUGACAAGUGUUUUUUUGGUUUGUGUGACACUCAUUUCAUUUCCCUGUGGUGAUUUAGCAGCCUGAGACGGGGUCAAAUAUGCUUCUAAAACAGAAAUGUUUGGUUCAGUUCCCUGGUAAUCAGCAUGUAAAUAUCAGAAGGAUUUAGUCCCCAUUAAUAUGAACUGAAUGGAAAUCACAGCAGCCAACGGUUCUGUUUUUGGGAUCUGAUCUGACGGACGGUUAGGCAACAUUACAUUGUUGCCUAUUACACCAUUAAGUUAUUAAUUUUCAAUAAUGUUUGUGCAGCUAUUACCAAAUAAUCCAUCGGAAAAUGACUGGGAAAAAACUGGGAAUACUCAUUAUCUGUUCUCCAAGAAAGAAAUGCUACAUUACUGGUACUAUGAACAAAAAUGAUACAAUUACUUGGAUCAUAUUUAUUGCAAAUCAAUAAUUUACUUGAACAAUUAAGAGUGAGCUGAAAAAACAAAUGUGUGCUGUAGUUCAAGUCAUUCUUCACUCAGAAGGGACAGAAGGGAAUAAAUUAUGUUUGUGCUGUAGUGAUUAAACUUUGUGCGACACCAAGAAACAAUUAUACAUCAAAUGUAAUAUAUAUUGUUGUUUUUCUCCAUUUAGAAAAUCAAAGAGAUGUAAAGAUCUGACCAAAUCAUGUUUGUAAUAAUAAUAAUCGCUGCCACAAUGUAAAACUGUUUGUUUUCUCUCAACCUCGUAUAUUUUUACACAGGCUCUCCCCUUGCCUUUGUACAUAAAAUAAAAUACAACCCUGUUUGCUGAGUGGAA